UUACUUGUAUUUUAUCGCUGUACCGUUUUGUUUCGUAUUGUUAAUCCGCUUUAUAAAAGUGCGGUGGUCACUUCUGUACUUGCACCGCCGCUUUACCCCUCAGAUGCCCACGUGCCACUCACGAAUGCUCGGAAUUGAUGUGUGCGCGCGCACCUGUCCGCGUCUCGGUCGCGCGCCGGGGGCAGCGAUUUACUCCACAAAGAGCUAAAAGGAGCUCAACUCCAGCGAGGUAUUGGAGGCAAAUCAUCUCGUUUCUGUGAAAAAGGAAGAACGCAUUUAACUGAAGCAUUCAAUUCUUCACUAUCGGUGGCUCCUUAGAACACGGGGAAUAAAACGGAUCCCCUUGAUGAGCUCUGAUGUCUGGCCAAAUGCUGUAGCCCAGUUUUAAAAUGAUACAUGCACGGUGUCACGCAAGGGUAAAGUCUAAAAGUUUUGGAAGGAGCUAUUGUUGCUGGUAACUAAAAAUAAUCUAAAGUGGGCUGGGCAACUGCAACCAUUUUCUUCCCCUUUUUAAAUUAGUCUAUAAGUAUGGGAUCCCAGGCGCUGCUCAGCCUACUUCUUUUCUCUCCAGUCGGCUGUCUUCUUCUCCUCCUCCGACGAAAGACGAGCUUGUCAGUACGCUGAGGUCACCGUCCCAGCCGCAAUGAGGGGUUUGUGUUGUACACAAGUGAUGAUGUUGUUUGCUGUGGCUUCUGCACGGGAUACUGAUAUUCCAAAAUAUCAGCACAGAGACAAAGUAACAUCAGUCUUCCAUACAUGUGACCAGUGCCCCCCUGGCACCUUUGUUAAGCAACAUUGUAAUGCAACCAGUAAAACAUUGUGUUCACCAUGUCCUGAGCAACACUACUCUGAACACUGGCACUGGGAUGAGCAGUGCCAAUACUGUACAGCCAUGUGCAAGGAAAGGCAAAACAUUCAGCAAAAGUGCAACAGCACGCAUAACCUGGUGUGCAGGUGCAUCGACGGCUACUACCUGAACCUGGAGUUCUGUGUGCGACACAAGUCAUGUCCCUGGGGGUACGGAGUAAAGAAGCUCGGUACAGCAGAAAGUGACACCCUUUGUGAAAUGUGUCCUGAUGGCUACUUUUCCAAUGAACAUUCAGCAACAAAGCCAUGUGUGAAGCACACAGACUGCGGGGAGCUGAAACUGAGACUGCUAAUGCCUGGAUCUGCUGAACGUGACGCUAUAUGUGACAGAAAUGACAAAGUGGCAUCCUCUCAGUGUUUGUCUUCUCAGUAUGAAUGCCAUGCAGACAUCAGUCUAUGUGAGGAGGCCGUUUUUCGAUUCAUUGCCUCUCAGGGGCUAACGGCGUACCAGCUAGAAGUCUUAAUGGACAACCUCCCUGGCAAGAAAGUGGACCGUAAAAACAUUGAAAGAAUUAAACAAAUGUGCAACCCCAAGCAACACAUCCUUUACCUUCUGAAAAUGUGGAUGAACCAGAAUAAAGAUCAGGAAAAGAUUUACAGCAUUAUUCAAGAUGUGAAUGAGUGUGAAAGGGUCAUCUCAAGGCGUGUAGGUUUUCAAAACCUGACCCUGGACCACUUCAAUGCCAUCAUCAAUAGCCUACCGGGAAACAAAGUGAAGGAGAGCGACAUCCAAAGAAUCGUGAAAACAUGUGACUCCAAGCAGUAUGUGCUGCAGCUCCUCAGCCUGUGGAAGAUCCAGAAUGGAGACCAGGACACGGCAAGUGGCCUCUUACAAACUGUCAAAAAGCUGAAAUCCCACAAAGUGCCCAAGAGGUUACUCCAAGGCCUGAAGAGGAUCAUUAAGCUCUUUAACAGCUCUGCCAUCUAUCGAAUUUAUCAGAAAAUGUUCUUUGAAAUCAUCCAGGGAAGCAAAUGCUGGAAUUCCAAAGUCUUCAACGACUAGACGUCCCAUAUUUCUAUAACUUCCUAGCAGCUACCAUAGCUCACUCGUGCCCGGGUGCCCUCUGUAUCCUAAAUUACAGGAUGAGCUUGGUUUCCAUGCAGAAUACUUUACUUUACCUCUACGUUGGACUUCAGUUCCAGAACUAUUUCUGACUAAAGGUUGCCAUCAAUAAGCAAAAACUGCCCUUGGUGGAAUUUUUGAUACUCUCCUGCAGGAUUACCGAUAGGCAGUUCUGACUACUAACGUACAAUAAGCUGUUAUUAUAAACAUGGCAGCUACUGCAUUAAGGUCACAAAGACCCUAUAGUGAUUUACAAGAGGUUUUUUCUAUGUUAUAUGCAUGUUUACGGGUACAGCUGGCAUAAAAACCUGUUUCAGAUGUAAUGUGGGUUGGGCAACAAGCUCCAAAAAUAUGUCACAAGGGAUGAGCACAGGGAGAAACAAAGCAGUCAAUAAAAGGCAUCCCAUUGGUAGGUUAAAAGCACACGAAACCUACGCCCAGCUCACCUCCCACCUAGAGGUGGCCUUCACUUCUAGGCUAUCCCUGGAGUCACUUUAAAGGUCGGGCCUAAAAGUUCUGUGGCCACACUAUACUGAAAUGAUCCUAAAAUAUCCCUAUGUAGAUAAGCCCCUUCACAUAAAUUUUUACAUGUCAAGGCACUGUGUUAGCAGGACACUGUUAUGUUAAGAAAUGUAGUAAUUACUAUGCAACUCACCGUACUACAUGGAACCCAUCAUGGAUUAUAGCACCCCAUCUAUAGUAACUCAAUUAAUUUGUAAAUUAUAAGGUGUUUACUACAUGCACUCAAGUAUCGUGACGUAAAAUGGUAUGACAUGAAACCUGCAAACGUUUCAAUAUUGGUCCAUUGAAUGCCUUUGACCCUUUUACAGGUCGCGACACCCAUGUCACAUUUCACCCUGCACGUCCUUAUUUGGGGACAACACAAAGGCAGGUUUUCUGGCUUCUUUUAAGGCUGCCAUAUUCUCCCUUUCAAUAGGCUUCUUAAAGAUCAUUAGCUUCUGCUAUUGCACAGCUUAGUUUCCCCCUGGUGGUUCCACUUGAAAGGUGCACUUCAGUUGGCUUCCAGUGCAGAUUUUCAAUUUAUUUAGAAGGCCCAUGGCAGCCUAAUUCAAUCCUGUACCAGCCGAGUAUCCUUUUACAUGUGCAGCCACCUCCCCCUUGAUGUAUUAAUAUGUCUAAACAUUUGAAGGUUAAGAGCUGUUUAAUGCACAGUCCUGACCAAACCAUGUAUGCCGCGCGACUACUUUGAAACAAAAUAUUUAUAUUUGAAAAGACUUACAGAUUUUAAGUGAAGUUCAUGUAAAAUAGAAUUGGGAUGGAUGUAUAUUAUAAAUAUGUCAUAAUACCAUAAACUGUGUAAAAUGUCACAUAAAUAAGAAGCCCCCAAAAUAAGUAUGACCCAUUUUGGUUAAUAGGUGCCACUCAAAUGGGAUUUAAAGGGUUGCACGGGGCAGAGCUUAUCCCAAUAACACUGGGUACAAGACAGAAGGCAACUCUACGUGGGAGACUAAUGUGUGGGUGAUGCUGCCAUUCUCAGUCGUGUAGGGCCCAUUUAACACAGGGUGUGGAUGACACCAGAGCCUGGCAUAAUUUUCACCCAGAGAGAGGAAUGUACAUUAAUUCUAGCACAUAAAGUGAUAUUAAGGAAACAACCUGUCCAUUUUUAAUAUUCCAAUUGGCCUUUCAAGAAGGAGAAAGAUGUCUUGUGAACAGUGUGGAUUAGUACCUGGUACUAUACACUUCAGUGACACCUCCUUCUGGCCAGCUCAGUUUGCGGUUUUGAUCUACCAGAAUUUCUCCACUCAACUUUCAGAUCCUUUUGCUCAAGAAUGACAGCUAAGAUUUUAUUUUUUGAGUAUCAGAAGUUAUCCUUCUUGACAAAAGUGGAAAAGAAAAAACCCCACCAAAUAUUUGGUUCUAACUAUUUAAUCCAAUUCUGUUUGUAUAGCCAGUAAUCAGAGCUCAGACCCAUCUCUAUGACAUGCUGCUCUGUUCAGGUCCAGUCCUGUUAACUGUUGGGGUGGUCACCCUCCUCAUUCCAGUGUGUCUUCCAUAAUGCUGAGCCGUUCACAUUAUCAUUAAUAAACUCAUCGUGGUGCCUGACCCCCUCGACCUCCCAGCAAAACUAAUAGUGAAAGCAGGAGCAGAAAAUGAACAAAAGUGGCACACACAGGACUUGGGUUCUCUAUAUUAGUGUUGUUUGCAUGUUCUAACUUAAUGUGACAUUUUAUCCAGUCCUAAAGACAUGUGGUGUUGGUUGAUUUGCGACCAACGUGAAUGCGAGAGUGACCUGUGAACAACCAGCUCUUAUGUGGCACCUGAUGCUGCCCAGUCCUGCAGAAAGGUUAACGAGGGAUUCUAAAUUUGAACAAGUGCACAUGUGCAAUGGACUGAAGUCCCCCUGCUGGGUUGGUUCUUGCAUUUCACUCUGUGUACCUUGGAUGUAUAGCUAGAUUAUAGCUAGGCUGACUGGAGCACCUAAAUUUAGUGUUGUAUGGCUGAGCAUUGACCCUCUAAUGGACUAUCCUGGCAGCCUGAGACAGCAUGGAAUGCUAGUUCAAAGUGGACACACAACCAGUGCAAGACAAUUUAUUGUCAUCAAUUAACCUAAAGUGCACAUAAGGAACAUAAGGAAAACAUGCAUACUCCACACAGACAGUGACUGGGCUAGGGUUUAACAUUAGUCUUCUGAAGUUAUGAAGGAGCAACACUUAUUUAGGCAUGUAACCUUAGUUAAAACAACUGCAGCUUCUCACAGUUAUGAAAGUAAUAUUCAUUGCAGUACAGUGAAGCACUAGAAGGGAGUAUCAUAUUUCAGCAGGCACAAGUGACCUGAGGAGCAGCACAGAACAGUCAGAAACAGUAACAGCAUCAAGAGAAGUGCACUACAACAUAAAUAAUUCUGGUUCAAGGAGUUAGUCAUUUCAAGAUUCAAGAGUAUUUAUUGUCAUUUCAUCCAUAUACAGUAGUACAGCAUACAGUGAAACGAAACAACAUUCCUCCAGGACCAUGGUGCUACAUAGAACACAGGACAACAAAGAAUCCAUGACACAUAACAUUUAAUACCAAACAGAGGUCUGGGCAGUCCACUCCACGUCCUGCAGCAGCGGUCAGGGUGUGAAGUUAUGUAGCUAUAUUAUAAAAAAAAUAUGCAUUUGUGCGUGUGUAUAUAUGCACAAUAUAAUGGGUUACUACUGAGACACAACAAAGUGAAUCAGAGUAAAUAUGAGGUGAAAUGUGAUACCUACAGUGUGCAGCCAACUAUGAAAUCUACACAGUUAAAUCUGAUAUAUAUGGUGUGAAUUCUGUAUCUACAAGUUCACACUUAACAUAUUUUUAAGUCUUUUAUAUACAGAGGGACUCCAAACAAAUUAACUCUUUCAAAAAUGUAUUAGUAAGCAACUAAUUAUGGACAUGUAGUAUAAAUCAGUUUGUAAAGAAACUCACAAUUUUGUCUUAGUCAUACAAAUGCUCAGUGUUCCCUCGUGUCACACAGCAAACAUCACCUCCAUAGUCUAAUUCAUCCUAGGGCUUUUGCAGAAGAUCACAUCCUUGUGUGCCAACAACUGAAGAAAGGACAAACUAAAAAAAAAAAAA